AUGAUUACGCGUCGUUCUCCUAGUAUGUCUUACUUAUACGCCACAAAAUGCGAAAGGCCUACUGACGCCAUGUCGACUUCUGUGAAGCAUCGAGAGUUCAUCGGUGAGCCGAUGGCCGAAAAGGAGGUCACUGCCAUCGCUGGCAUUGGACCUACAUAUGGUGCAAAACUAGCCGAAAUAGGAUUUGAUAAGGCUUACAUCCUUUUCGGGCAGUUUUUGCUCCUCAAGAAAGACGAAGACCUCUUCACGGAAUGGUUGAAGGAUACUGCCGGAGUGUCUUCUCAGCAUGCGAAGAGCGCUUACAAUUGUCUGAACGCUUGGGCGGAGCAGUUCAUUUAG